AAAGAGUGAGAGACCCCUAGAGGAGGGAGAAGGCGGGGAAAUCCGCGCAUGCGCCGUGGCCUCCUUCUCCUCUUCUUUCUUCCCUCUGGGGCUUGGACAUCUCCUCGGCUGGUCACUGGGCCCUGAAUCCAGGCGGGGCUGGAGGUGGCUAUGUCAGCUGAAGCCACCGCAGACCAGGCCUCCUCCCUGGAGAAUUGCGCACCCCUGGUCCCAACCCAGCAGCGACGGGAUGGCGGCGGAGGGGUAGCUGGCGUGACCUUUGACCUCAAGCCCUUGAACCCUAGCAGCAAGUAUGUCAAGCUGAACGUCGGAGGGUCCCUGCAUUACACCACCGUGCAGACCCUCACCAAACAAGACACUAUGCUCAAGGCAAUGUUCAGCGGCCGGAUGGAGGUGCUCACAGAUAGUGAAGGGUGGAUCUUGAUUGACCGAAGUGGGCGCCAUUUUGGAACCAUCCUGAACUACUUGAGAGAUGGCUCAGUAUCCCUUCCAGAGUCCCAGCGGGAGCUGGAAGAAGUGCUCUCUGAAGCCCGGUACUACCUGAUACAGGGUUUGGUUGAGGACUGCCAGCUUGCCCUACAGCAAAAGAGUGAAGCUUUUGACCCUCUCUGCCACAUCCCCAUGAUAACAUCACCCAAGGAGGAGCAGCAGAUUAUCUCAAGCUGUUCCAAGCCUGUGGUGAAGUUACUGCAUAAUAGAAGUAAUAACAAGUAUUCAUAUACAAGUAACUCUGAUGACAACUUACUGAAGAAUAUUGAACUAUUUGACAAAUUAGCUUUGAGGUUUAAUGGAAGGGUGCUCUUCAUCAAAGAUGUUCUUGGAGAUGAGAUUUGCUGCUGGUCCUUUUAUGGUCAGGGCCGUAAGAUCGCUGAAGUCUGCUGCACUUCCAUUGUCUAUGCUACAGAGAAGAAGCAGACCAAGGUAGAGUUCCCAGAAGCCCGGAUCUUUGAGGAAACCCUGAACAUCCUUAUAUAUGAAACACCGCGAGUGCCGGACAGAGCCCUCCUGGAGGCAACUGGUGGGGUGGCCGGUGGAGGUGGGGGCCCCCUCCGUGCUGGUGAUGACGAAGAUGGACGAGAGCACCGUGUCCGACGCAUCCAUGUCCGUCGACACAUCAUGCACGAUGAGCGCCCUCAUGGCCACCAAACAGUUUUCAAAGACUGAUUCGUCCUCAUUCCUGGUACCCUCAUUACUCCAUCCAUUCAGUGCCAAGCCUUUCCUCACAAGGUCUUCUUUUCAAACCCUCUCCUCUUUGGGAGUUUUUCUUCUUCCCUUUCUAUUGUUCCUCGACUUCAUAACCAACCCAAAUCUGCUUUCUUACCUUUAUUGUAACAGUUCAUUACUUGGCCCACUCUCCAUUUUACUGUCAUGUCUUUUUCAGUUAUUGAUUUUUCUGUUAAAUUUGAGUCUUAAUGCUUUUGACUUUCCACUUGUUUUUCUUCUGAACCUUUCCCGGCCUCAUAAUCUUCUAUAGUCCACUCCAAACUAGACUGUGGUCCUUUCUUCCUGUGACCCAUAAUAUCUUUCUUUUAGAAUGGAGACCUCUUGGCUCUUAACUUAGGAUCCAUGAAACAACUCCAAUGUAAAAAUAGCUGUGUUGGGGCAAUGCAUAUCAAAGGUACCUACACUGCUUCUCUGCUAAAUAAUGUACAGUACCUUGACCUGUUACUGUUUUUUUUUUCCAGAAGCCAAGGGCAAGAAGUUGCUUAGGUUGGUAUGUGUAUAUAUGUCCACACACACAAACCCCACAGGUACAUAGAAACUCUGUUCAGUGUCUGGUCUCUUUGAUCUUCCGUCCUUCACCCUACAACGGGUUUUAGUCUGAAUACACCACCCUUUCUUAAAUUGUUUACCUGGUUCACCUGUAUGAAGGGAAAAAUCUGUAUUUAGAAUACUUAAAGUGUUCUGGUUAAAGCUGUGACUACAUCCCUUUUAAAAGUUUACAACGGGCUAAUUUGUAAUGAAAUAACUACAGUAGAAUACAUUGGAUUAUAAAUCCAUUACUACUUUAGAGCAGAUUAUUUUAAACUGGGUUUAGUCGCCUGUACGCCGAGAUGAAUAAAUCUAGUUUGGAAUAAUUCAGAAGAAAAUUGCAUAUUAGCCAUCUCAUUAGAACAGGUGGUAACCAUCCCUGAAACCAGUUCAUUUAUUUGCCUGUUCUUCUCUUGUGAGGAAAGUUCUGGAUCUGUUCAUAGCUAUUUUUCCCCUCUGAAUCAAAAAACCCAGUUUAACACGGUCUCCUUAAGUAUAUGUCUUGCAAUCCAAAUCCAUCUGAAUCCCCCCAUCAACUUAAUGCAUAUACUAUAACAUUGCUUCAAAAUACUCCAGGUGUUUUAAAACCCCGUUUAGUAGGCAUCCAUCCAAACAACAUAUUAUAGUCAGAACUAUUGCUGCCCUCUCCUGCACAAUGUAGUGCAAGAUUCAGGUAUAGAUUUUCGAUUCCCUUAUUUAUCCUUAUCUUUCAACAGAAUAUUAUUCUCUCUGGUCCUCACCUUCAAAUGCUUUCAGUCCCUUGUUUUACAGAGGGAAGGGUACGCAGUUCACACCACCUUAUGCAAAGUGUAAUAUAGGGAUUCCAACAGCUCUUUGAGCCCUUUCUUUGGUGUUGUUGGGAUGGGGGAGAAGGAGGGAAGGUGAGCUUGUAAUGAACCAUUGCAUUUAUAAAAAUUAAUUACACGUAAAUAUAUUUUUGCAAGGGAGAAGGUGUUAUUUUUCCUCUCCCCUCUUUGUUGUUUUUUCUUUCUGUAUAUCCUCCCCUCCCUGGAGGAGGUAAUCUUGCAUUAAUUAUUGUAACUUUUUUUGUAUUUGCAUAAUUUAUUUUAAAUUGUGGGUUUUUUUCUAUUAAAUUAUUGUAAUAAAGGUUCCUGCUUUAAAAAA